UGGUAUGAGUAUAUUUUAUAGGGAAUGUGCUGAGUUACUGGUGUUUUUCUCCGGGGUUCAGCAUGCAGGAGCUGCUCGGACAGGGAGUACGCAGCAUCAUUCUGACCAGUGGAACUCUCUCGCCGCUCUCAUCCUUCACCUGUGAAAUGAAAAUUCAUUUCCCUGUAUCCUUGGAGAAUCUUCAUGUCAUCCAGCCUGAUCAGAUUUCCGCCAGUAUCAUUGAAAAAGGUCCGGACGGCGUGAAGUUGAGCACAGCCUUUGACAGGAGGUUUGUUCCUGAAAACAUGUCGUCUAUGGGAAACACUCUUGUCAAUCUGACACGGCUGGUCCCUCAUGGACUGCUGGUGUUCUUCCCCUCGUAUCCGGUGAUGGAUAAGACUCUGGAGUUCUGGAGGGCUAGUGGACAUGCAGGUCGCAUUGAGAAAGUGAAGCCCAUGUUUGUUGAACCGAGGGGUAAAGGCACUUUUACUGAGGUGAUUGAUGGCUAUUAUGCCAAGCUGAAAGACCCAAACUCCAGCGGAGGAAGCUUCUUCGCUGUAUGUAGAGGAAAGGCAAGCGAAGGGUUGGAUUUUGCUGACACGUACUGUCGAGGUGUUGUUGUCACUGGACUCCCCUUCCCCCCGAUGAUGGACCCGAGGGUGAUGGACCCGAGUGAAGGAUCUGUCCGGGCAGGAGUGGUACAGACAGCAGGCCUAUCGAGCUGUGAAUCAAGCCAUUGGCAGAGUGAUCUGCCACAGAGAAGACUACGGAGCCAUCUUCCUCUGUGAUCACAGGUUCAGUGGCACCGAAGCCCGUAAUCAGCUUCCUCCUUGGGUGAGGCCAUAUGUUAACAUUUAUGAUAACUUCGGUACCAUGGUCCGUGAUGUGGUUCAUUUCUUUCGGACGGCGCAGAAAACAAGACCAGUUCCUGUUAGGAAAGAAAAAGCAGAGAGCAGUGAGAAGCAGGCAGACACCAGGCCGUUCAACAGAGGCUCCGGCUGUCCUCAUAAGAGUGUCUGGCUCACUGACACAUCUCGAAAGGCCAAACAAGUAGACUCCCACGUCCCCAGCCUAAAAAGGAAAAAAUUAGAGUCAGAAGAGCAGUCUGGAAGUGAUAGGGAUGCCCAAAUGUUCAUUCAAUAUGAGAUGGACAUUGACAGAAAACCAGUCAGCCUGCUGGACGUCCCUGAUGACACAACCAACAAAGUGAGGGAAGACACC